GCAAGAGUAGGAGAAAGCAAGAGAAAUUGAGUGAGAGCUCUUGUGAGAGAAAAGAAAGAGAGAAAUUGUGAGAGAUUCUUGUGUAGAUUAAGAGGGAGUAUUAGGGAGAAUUUGGGAGUUUCUAUACAUUGAAGCUAGGGUGUUGAGUGCUUCUUGAGUGAGAGAGCUUCUAAAUUAUUGUACUCUUUUUUUCUUAAUAGUGGAUUUAUUUCUUUCUUUCCCGUAAACGUAGACUUGUUGAGAGGUGUACAAGUCGAACCACGUUAAAUUAUUGUUUCAAUUUCUUUAUCGCUUCCGUUUGUAUGGGAUUGUGGUGCUCGAAAUUCCCAAAAAGUGGUAUCAGAGCUAUUGGUAGAGCUCCUAGUGUUGUGGCAAAAUGCAAACUGAAGCCAUGAAGUAUUCAAUUGAGCUAUUUGAUGGCAAGAAUGACUUUGCUCUAUGGCAAAGCACUGUGAAGGAUGUCCUUACUUGUCAAGGACUUAAUGCAACUUUAGAAGAGACCAAGCCGGUUGAGAUGAAGGAUAGUGAUUGGAGUACUAUCCAGAAGAAGGCAGCAAGUCAAAUUCGACUGGCGCUUGCACCGAAGGUGAAAUACAACGUCCUUUCAGAGACUACUCCAAUAGGCAUGUGGAAGAAGCUUGAAGAGAUAUAUGCUUCAAAAUCUUUAACCAAUCGGUUGUGUUUAAAGAUGGAGCUAUAUCAAUUGAAGAUGGCAGAAGGCACUAAUAUUCACAGGCACUUAUCUGAUUUCAACAUGAUGGUGACACAAGUAGUGAAUGCCGGGGAUGUUCUAGAAGAAGAGGAAAAAGCUUUGCUUUUACUUGCAUCCUUGCCAAAGUCUUACAAGUCCCUAAUGCAGAGCAUGCUAGUGGGUAAGACUACCUUGGUGAUGAAAGAUGUCAUUUCCAUGUUGUUGGAGAAUGAUAAGUUUCUUGGGGAGGAUGAUGGUGCCAAUCAAACUAAUGCUUUGGUGAUGGAGCACUCUCGGGGAAGAUCCAAUGGACGUGGAGGUGGAGCAAAUCAAGAAAGGUCGAAAUCCAGACCUAAGAAGGAUUAUGGUGAAGUGCAGUGUUUUUAUUGUGGUGAAUUGGGUCACAAACAGUAUAAAUGCCCAAAGUUUAAGGAGGACUUUGCUAAUAUGAAAAUAUUGAUGAAAAGUCAAGAAACCAAGGGCAAGGGGGAGGCUAAUAUUGUUGAAGAAAAUGUGGUUGAAGUAUUAGAUUGUGAAGAGUGUGAUCCUGAGGUGGAGCAAAACAAUCAACGGUGGAUUUUGGACUCUGUUGCAACCAUGCAUGUGUGCAAUAAUCCUUUGGAAUUUGGGAGUUUGGUUCGGGGGGAGCUUGGCAAAAUAACGGUGGCUACCGGUGAGAAGGUGAAUAUUGAAGGCAUAGGAGAUGUUUGUCUCAAUGUUCACAAUGGAAGAGCCAAGAUUCUCAAGAAUCGAGAAUGGUGCAAGGUCUACAAAGGUGGGAGACUUGUUCUGCGUGGAAGGAAGAACAAGCACAACAUCUAUGUGCUUAAACAACAUCCCGGGAGAAGGCUCAACAAAACCAUGAGGAAGAUGGUGUGGAAGCCUAAAGGGAUCUUGGUAGAUGGCAAGGAAAUUAAUAAGACCAAGAAGAAGGGGGAGCAAAAUUAUGGAAUGUUGAAGUGUAUGGAGUCAUCGUUGGUUUCUCCUCCCAUAGGGUUGGAGGGGUAGAUUGUUGGAAGAAAGUCCAACCCCAUGUGUGAACCCAUGGACUUUUUGUGUGGAAGUUUGCUUCACCAACCUAGCUAGUUGUGGGCUAUGAUUGCUUUGUUGAAAUCAUGCAAGAUUGCAUGUUGAGCCAUUUAAUGGGCAAAGAAAAUCUUGGCCAGGUGAUAAUGAGGCAAAGAAAAAUGGUGCAUGGGUGGUUGGAUUUUUCACUAUAAAUACCCAUGCAUGCAAAGACAAUGAGCAAGCAAGAGUAGGAGAAAGCAAGAGAAAUUGAGUGAGAGCUCUUGUGAGAGAAAAGAAAGAGAGAAAUUGUGAGAAAUCCUUGUGUAGAUUAAGAGGGAGUAUUAGAGAGAAUUUGGGAGCUUCUAUACAUUAAAACUAGGGUGUUGAGUGCUUCUUGAGUGAGAGAAAUUCUAAAUUAUUGUACUCUUUUUUUUUAAUAGUGGAUUUAUUUAUUUCUUUCCCGUGGACGUUGACUUGUUAAGAGGUGUACAAGUCGAACCACGUUAAAUUAUUGUCUCAAUUUCUUUAUCGUUUCCGUUUGUGUGGGAUUGUAGUGCUCGAAAUUCCCAACAACCUUUUGGAUUUUUCUGGUAGAAGGAUUCCACACAGUAAUGUCCCAAGAAGCAGACGCACCACGGACUUGUAAAACAGAAAACCCAUUGCAGGAACACAGCACCGCAAUUUCAGAAGCACGACCCCCUAUUGGGUUGUUGAGUUUUUCAGUCGUUUUGAGUGAAUCAAAGUCUAUGGACUUGAAGUCAUAUACCCUCGGUGAAGAAGAAAGAGAUUGGUGUUGGUUUUGUGAGAGUGGGAGAGAUGAAGCUUGAUGAAAUUUGGACUGUCAAUGAGGAAGCACGAUGGCAUUGAAACGCACCUGAAACGAAGAAAAUCUUUCACCGCCGAACGGCGUAGUAUCUCCGUGAUCAAAAUCCGGUGGAAAAAUCAGCAUCUUCAGUUUUUUCAGCGCUUGUUUGGUCAAAGAGCCAGUUGAGCUAAAAU